AUGGAGGGAAAUGCUCAUCCCGAUGGCUCUCUCCGCCUCACCAAUAGUGCUCUUGACCAGAACCUAAAUUACAGCACCGGUAGAGCCACCUACAAAGAGACCUUCCUCCUCAGACAAAACUCCACCGGAAAACUCGCUGAUUUCACGUCAAGUUUCACGUUCGCCAUUCAGUCCGACGGAAGAAGCAACUUCCCAGCUGAUGGGCUGGCAUUCUUCCUAGCGCCGGCAGGGUCCUCACUGGACAGCAUAUUAGGGCAAGGUUGCAGUCUUGGCCUCCCUGUCAACAACUCGCUGGAAAACUAUACCAAGUCAGGUAUUUUGUACUUUGAAUACCCGUUUGUCGCCGUUGAAUUUGAUAUCUUCCUCAACGUAGACUCAGGUAAUAGAUCGAUUGAUUUGGGUCUAAAUUACACUCAUGUGGGCAUCGACAUCAACUCCCUCAAGUCGAACGUCACCGCGCCGUGGGAUGGUGGGAAUAUUACCACUGGAGGAAAAAACAAUGCCACGAUUAGUUACAACUCCACCUCCAAGAAUCUUAGUGUUGCAUUCACAACGAUUCAAAACGAGGUCCAGGUUAUCAGAAAUAUUGAUUUCUCAGUUGAUCUGCUCCAAUACUUGCCCGAUAAAGUCAUCGUUGGUUUCUCGGCUUCAACGGGUCAACAAUUUGCUCUGCAUAGGAUCAUUUCUUGGAGCUUUGAUUCAACUUCAUUGGCAGACGAAAACAUCACAUCAACUCUUCCUGCGCCAAAGUCAGGAAAUGCCAAUGUUGGACUAGUAGUUGGGUUGGCUGUUGGGGGAGGUGUUAUCUUGGUUGGUGUGUUAGGUUUCGUGUUCCUCUUCUGCAGGAAGAGGAGGGAAACAACUGGGGAAAGUACUGAUGAUGAUACUAGGGUACUUCAUGAUUUGGAUCCUGAAGAAUUCGAAAAGGGGACAGGCCCUAGGAAAUUCUCCUACAAUGAAUUGGCCCUUGCAACUAAUAAUUUUGCGCAGGGAGAAAAGCUUGGGGAGGGAGGCUUUGGUGGAGUUUACAAGGGCUUCAUCAAAGACAUGAACGCGUAUGUAGCUGUUAAGAAGAUAUCAAGGGGGUCUAAACAAGGGUUGAAGGAGUAUGCAGCAGAAGUGAGUAUCAUUAGUCGACUCAGGCAUCGGAAUCUGGUGCAACUCAUCGGUUGGUGCCAUGAAAAGAAACUCCUACUUGUCUACGAAUUCAUGCCCAACAGUAGCUUGGAUUCUCAUUUGUACAAAGAAAAAAGCUUGUUAACUUGGGAGGUAAGAUUCAAAAUUGCACAUGGAUUGGCAUCAGGGUUGCUUUAUCUACACCAAGGAUGGGAACAAUGUGUGCUUCACAGAGAUAUCAAAUCCAGCAAUGUUAUGUUGGAUGCAAAUUUUAACGCGAAACUUGGAGAUUUUGGUUUAGCCAAACUUGUCGACCAUGGAAAGCUAUCUCAAACAACAGUUGUGGCCGGAACCAUGGGCUACAUGGCAACGGAAUAUGUUGCAACGGGAAAGGCUAGCAAGGAAACAGACGUCUACAGUUUCGGGGUAGUUGCUUUGGAAAUAGCUUGCGGGAGAAAACCCAUUGAUACCAGGUAUGAAGAGAAGCAAAUGAAAAUGAAUAUGGUGGAGUGGGUAUGGGAGCUCUAUGGAGAAGGGAAAAUUAUUGAAGCAGCCGACCCAAAAUUGUGCGGGGAGUUUGAUGAGAAGCAAAUGGAGUGCUUAAUGAUUGUAGGGUUAUGGUGUGCUCAUCCGGAUCACAACUCUAGGCCAUUGAUACAACAAGCAAUCCAAGUGCUUAACUUCGAAGUUCCACUGCCUAAUCUCCCAUUGAAUAUGCCGGUGGCCUUUUUUCCUCGGUUAUCACUCUCGAUUUUGUAUAGAGGUGACACUACUAGUGGUCAAAGUGAGUCUUCAGGGUAUGGUUCUACCAUCAACUCCUCACAGUUCAUCUCAUCUUCGACCUCAAAUUCGAAUCCAACAGCAGCUUCUUAG